CGGUGCCGGGGCAGCGCCGUCCCCGCCGCCGCUGCCAUGAGCGCCCCGCAGCCCCGUAUUCUUGAAACCUAUAACAGUCUUACAGACAAACACCUGGUUGGAUAUUUCAGCAAUGCCAGGAUAAGACGACAUCUUCAGAAAUCAGGACUGAUCUCAAGGAGCGGAAGAAUAAUACCGGAGAAGGAAUACCGCCUCAAUGCCAUAAGGAGAGACCACCAGAGACACGUCCAGGAGUGCUUGGCUGAUGCCAUAUAUCACAAGGUCCUUGACAUUGAGCAUCAUCAUCAGCUGGAGAAGAACAGGAGACUUGAUUGUUCUGCAAGGAAAGAGAUGAUGCAGUCAGCCAAGAUGGAGCGAUUGAUGGGAGAAAUGGCCCACACGUACGCCCCACACCCCCCCGUCGCCCCCAGGAACCACCACGCGCUCUGUCCCUUGGUGUCCGGAGAACGAACCGGCCGCUCACAACGGAGGGGACCCAGACUUAGACUUGAUUAUGGUGAUGGACGUUAUUAUUACCGAGCCAAGGAGCCUCCCUUCUCUAAGGGGCAGAGCAGUGAGCUAAAGUUUAGGAACCCAAUGGAUUACAUGUCUGGCGCGUCACCGUACCGGCCCAGCAAGCGUUGCCGCCGUCGUGUGGCACCGGUGCCACCGCCCCGCCCGCAUGUCGGGGACAGGUGUAUCCCUGGAAUCAGGCGUGGGCUGCCCGUGGAGAGAUGGUUUCAUCCCACCACUGGAUUCAACGAGCAGUUUUUGAUCAAUAAUACCAAUGGGUUCCCCAAGUCCCCAUUAUGCAGCAACGCCCUGGUCACCAUGAUCUACCUAGGAAAGAGCAAGCAUGUGUCUCUCCGCGAUCACAAGGAUGAAAUCAAAGUCUAUCAGCAAUACUGUGGAACAGAAAACAUUUGUGUCUAUAAAGGCGACCUGUUGGAAGGAGAUACCUUCCAGUUCAUCUCUAAGAGGUACCUCGGUUACCCGUUCAGCCUCACCUUUUAUCUCAACGGGCUCCAAGUUGCCAGGCUGAGCUCUUGCUGUGAGUACAGAGGCUUUCAGAGUAAGAGGCCUUGCCAGCUGCGACGCAGAAACACCUACUUCAGGGUGCUCCACGUGGCAGGAGCACCUCCUUGCUACAGGUGCUUUCUUGCGAUGGGUCUGGACAAAAAGCUUUACCCUCCCAAGAGGAAGAUUAAGUACUUCACGAGGACGCACAUGUGCUGCUGUUCUCCUUUCUGUGCGCACAGCGAGCCCUGUGACAGCAGCGUGCUGCCGAAAUCCAUUGAAGGCUCAGUGUCACUCACCAUACCCAGCCAAGAGGAAAGCGUGGAAACUAUCGACGAAACACUUGACUCUGAACAGGAGUGCAGCGAAGAAGGAGAAGAGGAAGAAGAAGAAGAAGAAGAAGGAGAAGAGGAAGAAGGAGAAGAAGAAGGAGAAGAAGAAGAAGAAACGGAAGACCGAUCUUUUGUGGAGACCGAAGGCACCACUCAGGAAACCACCAGUGAAAGUGAAUAUGAUGAAGAUUUUGAAGCAGAUGAAGAAGUUAAUGAAGAGGGACAGACUGGUGAUCAAAUGAAUGGAAUGUCAAAGUCAUCCUCAAAUGAUAAAAACCAUAAUUUAGACUAUGGAAAGGAGAGUGAAACCUCGUCUCAGAAGGCACUGCAGGCCUCUGACAGUGAGAAAGAUAAAAGUGGCAGAUAUUCUGAUGACAGGGACUCUGAAGAUGAUCUACCAGAGAGGAGGCCUGCAGACUCUCUCUCAUCCAUGAGCACUCAGUGCAGCACUGAGACUGACUCUCAAGCUGAAAUGAAGGCAGACCACGUGAAUUGCAAAGAGGACUGCAAUAUCAAAAGUACAUCUGAUAGUGCAGCACAUGCACACUGUGGAAAUGAGAAUGGGGAGAAGAAACUGCUCAGAGUGGAGGAAAAUCAAGAGAAUUCUGCACUGGAAAAGAAAGGAAUAGAUGAAUCAGAAAAGACAAAACCAGAAGAUCUAACAGCAAGGGAAGAUACUAGAAUUUUUCUUGAAAACAUAAGGGCAAUGCAGUAUCAAAGUCCUGAGGUUAAUGGGGAAUUCAAACAGACUGGGUCAGGAGAAAGUAACAUGAAUGAGGAGGAGAAAUGUCCUCCAGUGCCUUGGGAAAGCAGGGUAUUGAGCAAGGAGGAUGGCAACGAGGAGCCUCCUUGGUGUGGGGAAGGAGGUGUUUUUGAAGAAUGCAAACCAGUCCAGGAAGAAAUAGCAAAAGCAACUGGAAGUGAUCAUGCUGUGAAUUCUGACCCUGAGCCUGGUGAUUUUUGUGCCAAUGAGGAAGAAAAGAAUGCAGCAAAUACAGAGCAUGGUGCCAGUGGAGCAGCAGCAGAUGGAAGGCUCCUGGCAGAAGGGAGGAGAAGCCUGGAUGUGCAGGAGGCAGCAGGACAGGCGGCACGAGCAGGGGAGGCGCCAGGGCCGGGACAAGCCCCGGAGCAGGACGGUGCUGCUGAGGGAGAUGCUGGCGGCGGAGAGGCUGCAGGAAAAGCUGCAGGGGCAGGGGAUGCACUGCCCCAGGCAGGCACGGGGGCUGCGCUGGAGGAAUCCGCGCCUGAGGAGGGCACCGAGGCACAGCCCAAAGGAAAGGGAACAGGGGAGGCAGCGGAGCUGGGCACAGAGGGGUCACCUGGGGAGCAGGAGGGGAUGGACAGACAGGUGGCACUGGGAAAGGCAGCAGCUGGGACAGAGGGGCCAGCUGGGGCACUGCCAGGACGGGAGGCAGGCAGAGCCGUGCCCCAGGGGCAGGAGGGGGCUGGGGGCACCAGUGAGGAGGAGGCUGCAGAGGAAGGCCUCAAAGGAGCAGUAGGGCCCCCAGCAGAGGAGGAGGUGGGCGAGCCAGUGUCCAAGGCAAGGGAGUCCCUGGGGCAGGGAGGGUCUGCAGGGAAGGACACGACCGUGGGUGCUGUGUCAGAGGGAGAGGAGGCUGGGGAGGAUGCUGAUGUGGCAGCAGAUGGGAAUGCCAGAGCUGUGGGCCCUGAAGGAGAAAAGGCUGUUGAAGAAGACUUUUCUGAAGGGGAGGAGGCUUUGGGGAAGCCUGGGGCUCUCUGGGAAGCACUAGGGGAUAUGGAAACAGGAGAAGCAAUGUCUGGAGGGGAAGGGUUUGUAAAGCCAAGUCAGUUUUCCCAGCUGAAAGUGUCAGAGGAAGAGUGGAUGGAGAUGGGGAAAGCUGCCCCAGGAGCUGCAGCAGCACAUGACAGUGCUCAGGCUCUCCAGAGAGUGGAGGACACGACGGAAGAGUCUGUGGAGCCUGACAAGGGUCCUGUACUGGAAGUGGCACCUGGGUUAGGGGCACUGGGGGAUGCUCGGGGGGAUCCUGUCACUGAAGGGUCAUCACAGGUGGAGGAGACACUGGCAGUGCAGGAGGAGGAGGGUGCAGCAGAAGCACUUUGGAGUGGAAACGCAUCUGAGGGCAGCAAGGCAGAGACAGAGAGAGCAGUGGAAGGAAAACCUGAAGGAGAGGCGGUGGGAGGGUCUGCAGGGGCGGCCGGAGCAGGCUCGGGGGAUGAAGAGGAGGCCACAGAUGGAGCAGCAGGUUCAAAGGAGCCGGCAGCUGGGACAGACCGGCGGCUGAGAUGUGGGGCCGGGCCCGCUGCUGCAGCCGGGGAGCAGAGGCAGGACAGCCCCGUCGGAGGGAGCCCGGCAACCGCUGGCGGGGGCGAGAGGAGCCGCAGUUCCCGUCAGGAUAGUGCAAACCCAGACCCACUCAUCAUGUCCUCAGAAGAGGAUGCGGAAGAAACCCUGCUCUGAGCUUUUCGUGCAGCCCCUCGGUGUUGUGUCCUGCAGCAUGCACUCAGCUGGCCGUGGGUUUGUGCCGGCUGGGAUGUCACUCCUCUCUUCACCCUGUGAGUAGCGCAGCCACCUGUCACGUUUCACUGGAGCAGCUCCUCAGCGUGCCGCAGACAAAUGAAACAAGCUUGUGUGUGCCAGCCCGGGAAGCAGCACUCCUUGGGAAGGAUGAGGACAGUAAUCACAAGGAUUGUUCCACAGCUGUCUGCCUUGUUUUUCUCGAAAACCAGAGAAAUACUGGGCUGACUGAACUUCCCCUCCUCCCCUAGGCACCACUUGCUCCUGCAGGCAGGCAGGGCUUUUAUCCUGGGAUCUUCCCCACCCAUGCCAGGGGAGGGGAGCCCUCCUGCAUGCACAGUGCCCCCGUGCCAGGAGCGUGUGGGGGGCUUCCCUCCCCUUGGGCAUCCAGGCUUGCUGCUGGCCACACUCCAGGGCAUUCUCAGCACGUGGAAAUGCUGUUGAAAGUUGUUAAAUCAGAACAAUUCCAACAGAUAUUUGUAAAUGCAUAAAGCUUGGCCUUCUGCUUUUGCUGGAGUCACUCAGGAGUGGUCUGUGGAGCCUCAGCUGAGGCUGCCAGGUGGGUGGUGAGUUUAGAGCUGUCUCAGCCUGGUGCUGGCUGCCCAAGGCUCUUCUCAGCUCUGCUGCACCUCUGGCAACACUGGGGCCCCAGGACCCCUGUGGGCCAGGCACCUGGGGCUGGGUGUGCAGCAGCCUCUAGGCACUCCAAGCUUGGUGGGUGCAGCAGACUCAGCCCCACAGAGUGCGGACUGUAACUGCCUUUUCAAGUAGGGAAAAGAUGCUGGAAUGAGCCGGAUUUAGAGCGGAUUGGUGCUGUGAGUCACUUCAGAUCAAUAUGCAUGGAACUGGAAACUCAAACGUGAUCAAGUGGUUGCUGUGUGUUUGCUCCUAGAGACAUUCCUGUACUAGAGCUGGUUGCAUUUGUGUGUUUAGUCUGCACAUGUCUCAGAGGGUUGUGUUUUCUCUGUCCAUACCCAUGCCUACGUGUUCACUCAGGCCUAUUAAAUACCUGUA